AAUUUAUUUUCGAGUGUAUGCCUGCCCAGACGAUGGUUUACAACUUGAUCAAGAUAGUGGGGAAUUUCGUCUGGAGAACGUUAAAACACAAUCAGCUGCAGCCGGGCCCGAUCACUUCCCACUGAAUCGUCGUCGAAGUCGGAGGUUCGUUCGUUGGAUUCUCGCUGCUCCAUAGUGUAUACAUCCAUAGUGUAGCCAUGUCUGCCUCCCAGGAUCACUCCACAACGAUUAACCAAAUCCGCGAUGGUCUCAUGGACGAUUGGAAUGUCCUGGAGAACGUCUUCCGGCUGCUCCAACGGGAGGACACCUUUUGCGUGGAUCCCGAGAAGUGGGGCCAGCACACAAUAGUGCCUUUCCUACAGCCGGACCAGCUGAAGGAACGGAUUAAUCUUAAAGUCCGGGAGACGGAAAAUCCUAGUCUAGCCGAAAUCGAAAAGCUGUGUCAGGAGGUCAUCCAUUAUUCUGUGAAAACCUCGCACGGGCGCUUCCAUAAUCAGCUCUUUGGACAGCUCGAUCCCUUCGGAUUGGCGGGAUCAUUGAUCACCGAGGCCAUGAACGGAAGCUCGUAUACCUACGAAAUCGCACCCGUUUUCAGCCUGAUUGAAACGGAACUGAUCUCGACGAUGUGCCGGUUGGCAGGUUACAAGAACGGUGAUGGAAUCUUUAGUCCCGGUGGCUCCACUUCCAACAUGUACGGCCUGGUUCUGGCCCGCUACAAGUUUGCUCCCUCCGUGAAAACAGCCGGAAUGUUCGGAAUGAAGCCGCUGGUGCUCUUCACAUCCGAUCAGUCGCACUACAGCUUCGUCAAGGCGGCCAACUGGCUGGGAUUGGGCAGCGACAAUUGCGUGUCAGUCAAGACCAAUGAACGGGGUCAAAUGCGGUUGGAUGACCUGGAGGCCAAGAUUGUGGAGGCGAAAGCUCGCGGCGGACAGCCGUUCUUCGUCAAUUGUACUGCGGGUACCACUGUACUGGGGGCCUUCGAUGACAUCAACGGGGCAGCUGAUGUGGCGGAACGUCAUGGUCUGUGGCUCCAUGUGGACGCUUGUCUCGGAGGAGCCAUCCUUCUCUCCCAUAAGAAUAGAUCUCUGUUGGCUGGCCUCGAAAGGGCCAACUCCUUUGCCUGGAAUCCCCACAAGUCGCUGGGAGUACCGAUGCAGUGCUCGCUCUUUCUCACCCGGGAGCAGGAUCGCCUUCUAGAGAGAUGCAACAGCACGGAGGCGCAUUAUCUGUUCCAGCAGGACAAGUUCUACGACGUUUCCUACGACACCGGCAACAAGAGCGUCCAGUGCGGUCGCAAAAUAGACGCCUUUAAGUUCUGGCUGAUGCUGAAGGCCCGUGGAUACGGAAAGUACGGUCACCUGAUAGACCAUGCCAUUGACAUGUCCAGGUUGCUGGAGGAUAAAGUGCGCCAGCGCAGCGACCGCUUCCGGUUGGUGCUCCAGCGGCAUGAAUACUCCAACGUCAGCUUCUGGUACAUCCCGAAGGCGAUGCGGGUGACUCAAAAGGAGGAGACACCUGAGUGGUGGGAGCGCCUUUCCACGGUGGCUCCGAAGAUUAAAGAGCAGAUGAUUUAUAGUGGAUCUCUGAUGGUUGGUUAUUCGCCUCUAAAGUCCCAAAAUUUGGGCAACUUUUUCCGCAUGGUCUUGACUUGUUUCCCCGUCCUAAAAAGUGAAGAGUUGGACUUCAUCUUGGACGAGAUUGAGAGAUUAGGAGAGAAAAUUGUUGUAUAAUUAAUUGAUUUAAUAAUAAGAAUAAAAGU